AUGGGCCCUUUAGACUGGACAAAGAUUGCCGGAUCUAUUGAGCGAAAUUAUCUGAAGUAUGACGGCUUUGUGGUGAUUAUGGGCACAGACACUAUGGCAUAUGCUGCAUCAGCAUUAAGCUUUAUGUUGGAAAACCUUGCGAAACCUGUUGUGUUCACCGGCUCCAUGAUACCCCUCGCUGAGCCUUACAAUGAUGCCCGCCGAAAUCUGAUCUUGUCGAUGCAAUUUGCAGCCGCACGGCAGAGCUUCCCUGAGGUAAUGAUCUUCUUCAAUGACCGUCUUUUGCGGGCCAACCGCGCCACUAAAUAUUCUGCAGACGGACUAGACGCAUUUGGGUCCCCUAAUUUCCCGCCAUUGGCUACUGUUGGGACCAGCGUGCGAGCCCGGACAGAUUUGGUAGCGGCACACCCGAGAGGCUACCUCAAGGUGCAUCCAGUUACUGAUGCACAUGUGCUGGUGAUAAGGCUGGUCCCUGGAUUCGAUGCCGGAGUGUUAUCGAUGAUCGUCGAAGCUAAGCAGUCUUUGCGCGCACUUGUCUUGGAGACGUACGGUACUGGGAAUGCCCCAGUGCUCACUGCUGUUGCUGAGGCUCGGAAGCGAGACCUUCUGGUGAUCGUUUGCUCCCAAUGCCCCCAAGGCUGUGUGGACAUGAACCAGUACGCUGCUGGAGCUGAGCUUGCAAAGUUGGGAGUCGUGUCAGCUGGGGACAUGACUACCGAAGCCACGGUGACAAAACUGGUUUAUCUGCUGUCGUACUACAACACUGAUGAGGUCGCUCGGAAGAUGGGUGACGACUUGCGUGGCGAGACUACCCGCCUGGACAGCGCCUCUGCUCCAUGGAAGCGGACGUCACUGAUGCGUUUAACGUCAGACAAGUCACAGGAUUUGCGUUUUCAGCUGCAAAGAUUGAUCCACAAGCCCUGGGAAGUUUUUCAGUAG